AUGUUGCGAAGAAGAAAUGUAAACUUAAAAACAGUUAAGAAGCUUGAUGCUUUUCCUAAAGUUCCUGAAACAUGCGUCGAACAAUCCGCUGUUGGAGGAACAUUUUCAGUUUUAAGUUUUUUCAUAAUCAUAUAUUUAAUUUUCUCUGAACUGUCUUACUUUCUGGACAGUAGACUUCAAUUUAAAUUUGAACCUGAUGUCGACAUUGAUUCGAAAUUGAAAAUAAAUAUCGAUAUAACAGUUGCUAUGAGAUGUAAUAGCAUUGGUGCCGAUGUGUUGGAUACAACAAAUCAACAUGUAAUGGGCUUAGAUCAGUUGCAAGAAGAAGAUACAUGGUGGGAAUUAACUUCUGAUCAGCGAGCUCACUUUGAGGCACUUAAGCAUAUGAAUUCAUAUUUAAGAGAAGAGUAUCACGCAAUUCACGAGCUGUUGUGGAAAUCAAAUCAAAUAACUCUACUUAGUGAAAUGCCAAAACGAACCUACGAGCCUCUUCAUGCACCCGAUGCAUGUCAUAUUUAUGGUAGUGUAGAACUAAAUAAAGUAGCUGGAAAUUUUCACAUAACAGCUGGCAAGUCCAUCUCACUUCCAAGAGGGCAUAUACACAUUUCAGCAUAUAUGACUGAUCGGGAUUAUAAUUUCACUCAUAGAAUACAUAGGUUCUCUUUUGGAGAACCUAGUCCCGGUAUAGUACAUCCUCUUGAAGGAGAUGAAAAAAUAACCCAUGAUAAUAUGAUGUUAUAUCAGUAUUUUGUAGAAGUUGUACCUACGGAUAUUCAUACACUUCUACGCUCUUCUAAAACCUAUCAGUAUAAUGUAAAGGAUCAUUAUAGACCCAUUGAUCACCUUAAAGGUUCACAUGGUAUCCCUGGAAUUUUUUUCAAGUAUGAUACAAGUGCUCUUAAAGUUAAAGUAAUUUAUGAACGUGAUUCAUUAUCUCAGUUCCUAGUCAAACUGUGUGCUACAAUUGGAGGGGUUUAUGUUACUAGUGGCCUACUAAAUAAUUUGGUACAAUUUCUGUGGCAGGUUAUUAACUACCACUUUCUAAAAAACAAAGAUAGCAAAAAUGAUGAAAACUUUGUAACAACUGCCUCAUCUGAGCAGAAAGUUACACCCCCCUUAAAUUUACUUGAUAUUACUAUACCAUCAAAUAUAGAUAUCAUGGUAAAACCACAAUAAAGUCGUAAAUUGUAAGUUAACAUGAUAUUGUAAUAAUGAGUGUCACUGACUUGCUGAUUAACAUAACGAGAAAAAUAUUUUAAAUAUAUUUAUUAAUAUAUUUCCUUAGGAUGUCCGUUAAUUAUUUAAGAAAUCCUAAAAUCGAUUUAUUUCAGGUACGUUAUUCCUAAUGUACAAUACUACAUGAUACAGAAUCAGUUUUUAUGACAUUUUGCAUUUAUCAGCAUUGGUUAAACAGACGAAUGUCUGUUUUAAUUUUAAAAAUAUUUCAUUGUACUUCCACAUGUACGUGUAUAUUUUAUUUAAAUGUUUUAAUAGGUCUCUUCAAACGCAGAUAUUGAUUAUUUCUGUCAAGACUAAUAUUUUUAAAGAUCUUCAAAAAACUUUAACGUAAAAAGAUGAUAAUUGCCUAUAUCAAAUGUAUAAUGUAACGUUAAGGCAUAACUUGUUGGUACAAGCAAAUGCGACGAUAUUUCGUCGAUCUUAAACUACCCUUUUGAAGAGUGACCAGCGUUAAAUGAUCUGUGAUUGUGAAUAACUUCCAAUGCAUAUAACUAUCUAUAAGGAAUAAAAUGUAAUGUUAUAUAAAUUUCCACAAUUGCAUAAGCUGCACUUAUGUACAUUUUCUUAUAACUUACAUUAAAUAUAAUAGAAAUACUUGCAACAUUCUCAGCAGUAUUUUUAUUUUAAAUAGUU